AGUUAAUUUAAGUUCAAUAUAAAUGUAUCAUUUUUUAUUAUUUAUAUUCUUGUUAUGGAAAUAUUUAAAAUUAAGAAGAACUAAAAAUGUCACUUUUAUCCUCCAAGUUGUGCAACACAGUCUGGUUGAGCUGUCUGAUCUGUGUGGUGUAUAUCUAUGUCCACAGCUGCUCCUUGCACUUGAACUCUGUCUGUCUGUCUGUCUGUCUGUCUCUCUACCUGUGUGUCUGUCUGUAGUUCGGUCUGUACUUCGGUCUGUAGUUCGGUGUCAGACUGCCCUGGUGCCGCUCAGUUUAGCAGCCGUGAGGAGGACUCGAACCUACGACCAGAGUUUGUUUAACAUGCUGCUGUGAUUCCACUCUGAGACUUUGAUCCUGCGGUGGCUGCUGGGUAAUAAAGCUUCUCUCUGAGCUGCUCAGUUUGUUCGUUAAAACGCCUCUUGUCUCUGGAGAAAUGUCGGCUGUCAGCUCGAACCAGAUCCAGAACCGAACUGGAGCCGGUCCAGAGCUCCAGGAGGAGGAGACCGGCGGGAUCCUGCAGCCGCAGACCGUGUUUGUCAUCCUGGACUCGGCUGAAACACUCAACCUGGUCCGGGUGGAGUCUGGUAUUGUCGCUGACAUCGAGGUCGACAAUCUGCUGCCGUCUGACGUCGACACCUUCUAUGAGAUCAAGAGUCAGCCAAUCGGCAUCAGUACAUCAGCAGCAGCUUCCUCUUCUCCCUCCUCUUCAUCCUCACUGCCGUCAGCCAUGUUUUCCAGGGUUUUGAUGCGUCAGGAUCUGAUGCGUCAGCAGGCUCUGGAGGAGGAGCAGAAGGAGGCGCAGCAGCAGCAGCUCCUCCGCUUGACUGACUCAUCCUCCCCCAUCUCUGUCUCAGUGUCUUCCUCCUGCAGACCUCCUGCUCAGGUCCCUGUGGAGGUGCUCAAGGUGCAGACUCACCUGGAGAACCCCACCAGGUAUCACAUCCAGCAGGCUCAGAGGCAGCAGGUGCGUCAGUAUCUCUCCGGCACCAAGACAGCCAAUCAGGAGCCAGCUGGACUGUCGCCAGGCCCCUCCCCCCACCUGAGCUCCGCCCCCAAACUGCAGCCUGCAGACUUCAUCCACAAAAGCCAGAUGGAAGAGACAGUCAUCGAUGACAUCAUCAGCCUGGAAUCAAGCCUGAAUGAUGAGUAUCUGACAUUGAUCGACUCUGGACUGCAGCUCGCCAAUACGCUGCCGGUGUCGGGGAACAUGCUCGACGUGUACGGCGGUGGCGGAGGAAUGGCCACGCCCACCAUCACCAUUAGCAACAGUUGCCCGGCCGACCUGCACGCCAUCAAGAGGGAGGGGAACGAGGUGGAGACCAAAGCUUUUAUCAAAGAAAGAAUAAAGAAAGACAACCACAACCUCAUCGAGAGGAGGAGGAGGUUCAACAUCAACGAUCGGAUCAAAGAACUCGGAGGUCUCAUCCCCAAAUCCAGCGACCCGGAAUCAAGGUGGAACAAAGGAACCAUCCUGAAGGCGUCGGUUGAUUACAUCCGCAAACUGCAGAAAGAGCAAAACAGAGCCCGAGAGAUGGAGGAGAGACAGCGGAGGCUGGAGAACACCAACCACUCACUGCUGCUCCGCAUACAGGAGUUGGAGGUUCAGGCUAGCCUCCACAGCCUCUCUUCCUCCUCCUCCACCUCCUCCUCUCUGGACCCCCCGGCCCUGCUCUCCCCCCCGCCGCUUCACCCCUUCUCCUCCUCCUCCCCCUCGUCCUCCCUGGUGACCCCCUGCCUGGGUCUGGACGCCCUGAGCUUCGUGGAGCUGGAUGAGCCUCAGGGAGCCUCCGCCGUCUUCUCCCCAGACCUGAUGUCCGAUGUGGGGCUGACGGAGCUCCACAGCCUGGGAGACAUCCUGAUGGAGGAGCGGGGAGGAGCGGUGAUGUCCGACCCCCUGCUGUCCUGCGGAGCCUCAAAGACCAGCAGCAGGAGGAGCAGCUUCAGUAUGGACGAGGACUUCUGUUGACAUCAUCACACACGCAACCAUCCCAUUGGCCAGAGCUGGAGGCAGGAUGCCGCCGUGUGAGACUGACAAUUGAGUUCAGUGUUGUCUCAUCCUGUAAACGACAGACCGAGCAGACCAGAAGCCGAUUGGCUGAUAAUGAACAAACUCCCAGCUGAUUGGCUGGUAGAGGCUCCAGGUGUCUGCAGGUGAUCAAUAACUAAAAAGUGGUUUAAAGUCCGAAAUUCAGAUUAGAAAAUUGAGAAAAACAAAAUGUUUAACACAAACUGAACUCAUUAAUGAUUAAAUAUGUUUAAAUUAUGAGAUACUAAUUCAAAAUUUUGAAUUAGUGUCUCAUAAUCUUGCUUUAAAUCAGUGAAUCAGCCCAUUUGAACUGUUAAAACCUGCCCUCCUGACCAUGCCCCCCAUCAGUGAUGUCACAGCAGGUGUUUCACCUGCAGCAGAAUCAGAUGAUUCUCAGUCAAAAACCCCAAAGAACAAAUGAGAUGUUUGAUAGUGAAAUGAUUCAUCGGCCACCUGUUGUGACCAGUUUUAACCAGCAGGUGGCAGCAGAGACACGGCGGUCUUUGUACGGGUGUGAACUCACCUGUGACUCUGCUGCUGUUCUCAGGCCUGUAAAUAUGAACACAUGGAUCUAUAAUCACUGUGUGCUGGAAACAAACACAGAGGAGAUGUUUGAGUGGAAGAAUCUGAUCAUUAUUGAUGAUUAUUGCUCUUUUGUUACAGUAUGUGCUUUACUUUGUGUUGGAUAUGUGAACUUCAGAGGAAACAGAAGGGAAACUGUAACGCAGCAUCACUUAAACUAGAGGACCCCUUCAAGAUAGAGAAUAUAACAGAGACCCCUUAAAGAUAGAGAAUAUACCAGAGACCCCUUAAAAAUAGAGAUUACAACAGAGACCCCUUAAAGAUAGAGAUUAUAACAGAGACCCCUUAAAGAUAGAGAAUAUAACAGAGACCCCUUAAAGAUAGAGAAUAUACCAGAGACUCCUUAAAGAUAGAGAAUAUACCAGAGACCCCUUAAAGAUAGAGAUUAUAACAGAGACCCCUUAAAAAUAGAGAUUACAACAGAGACCCCUUAAAGAUAGAGAUUAUAACAGAGACCCCUUAAAGAUAGAGAAUAUAACAGAGACCCCUUAAAGAUAGAGAAUAUACCAGAGACCCUUUAAAGAUAGAGAAUAUUCACUUUAUGCUGGUGGAAACUGUUGGGAUUAUACACGCUGUACAGAGCCAGAAACAGGGUACGAUAACGAAAAUGGAAAAAAAGUGUGAAAAUUAGCCAUAAAUCAGGAGAAAUACGGGACAAUUGUGACCCCGGGAGUCUCCUGGAAAAAUAACGAGGCUUGGCAAGUAUGAGCUAGAUAGUUAUCCAUCGCCAAAUUUCUAGCUAUAAAUAGCUAUGAUUGGUGGUGCUUGAUUUAAUGUAACUUUAUUAUUAUUAUAUUUUUUAGUAGCCAAUGGUUAACCCUGCAGUGUGGACCUGUGUCUACUCCCUCUAGCAGUGAGAGUAAUCACUAAAACACUGUUGACGUGUGCUUUUAUACGUUGACCAGCUGGUCUCACACAGCCAGCAGCUCCUCACAGCUCCUAAAACAUCGACGCAAAUUCACACAUUUAUUUUGUUAAACUGAUCCCUUAUUGGAAAUCUAGUUACUUUCUCACCUGAAAAACACAUAAAAACUUAAUAGCAUCUUUUUUUAAGGCUUAAAAACAGCUUUUUGGCAAGUAAAAGAUAAUAACCAUGAAUGUAUUAACAAGGGUGCGACGGGUUACGCUAAGCUAAAUAAUGGCACUCAAGAUGACGCAAUGCAGAAGCACCGUAGUUCAGACAAAGAAUAAGGUGAAUACGGUGAAUACGGUGACCCCCUCAUGUAUGUCCCUUGGAAUAAUGUGACCUAGCCUAUUUUUUACACUUCUAUAGUCUAUAGUAGAGUAUACUAUAAUAUAGUUAUGUGAAAGAACAACACAAGAGAAAUGUAGAAAGAUAUUAGUGUUAAACAAGAGAUAUAGAUUUGUUAGAUUAGAACGUAAUCUAUGAACUAUUUUAGAUUUAAAAAUUUAAAUAUUAUUCGUUGAACUAUGAAACUUUUUGUAAAAAGAAAUAUAUACAAAUUUUUAUAUAAAAAUAUUUUAAAUUAAUGAAAACGUUUCACCAGACCGGCAGUGUUAGCUAGAUUUAGCUACUUCUCAGACCCUCUUAGCGACUUUAUUUAAAAAAAAGUCACUAGCGACAAAUUUAGCGACUUAUCCACAUCAGGGAAAAAUAUUGAAAUAUAUUAUUUUAUAAUUCAUUCCCAUGUAUGCUGCUCAGAGUAAUCAACAGCGCCGGGUCUCUCCUCUCCUCUGGCGCUGUAAUGAUAGCUACUUUCAUUGGAAAAGAGUUUGCAGCACUGAGCUAAGUUAAAAACGUAAACUUUUAGGUAUCAUGACAUACAUACAGGUACAUACAUGAACUCUGACCUCUGCAUUUAAGCAAUCAUUAGGAGCAGUGAGUUGCUGUAAAGCGCAACUUAUGGGGUUCAGUGUAUUGCUCAAGGACACUUUGAUAUGCAGACAGUAGGAGCCGGGGAUUGAACUGGCAAACAAUUUGUUCACUUCCUCUUUAGUUGACUGUGUGAAAGUUUGUAGAUCCCAAUGAGCUAGCAGCGAGCCAACAGACCUAAGUUAGCUAGCUGUUAGCUGUAGCUGUGUUAUAAUCUGGGAUUCAGACAGCAAACUCAUGAGGCAGCAUGUCUUCUAAUAAGAUGCAUCAGGACAUUGUUGAAUGAGUCCUGCAUCAGAACAAAGCAAAACUGUAAGUGAGUUAGCAUAGCUACCAACUCUGUAGUUGAUUUUGUCAGAUAAAUAUGAAGCAGGUCGUUCACUCAGCUGUUAUCAGAUUCUUCAUAAAGGGAAUUUUGUUCGUCUUUUUUUAUUGAUGUUAUUCUGAUUUAUAUUUGUGUUUACAAACAUCCAGUUUAUUGUUUAUGUGGAGUAUGUAGUCUGAAUAUGAUCUGUUUAGAUUUAGCAUCAUGUUUGUUUUUAUAAAUUCAAACUUUUAUAUAGAAAUAAAGUCAUUUAAGAAAAAUA